AUAGGGGUUACACUUGGCACAGACAGUGAAUGGGGAAACACUGGGCACAAUAAUAUGAUGAGAUACCACUUGGAACAGGAAGCGUAUGGUGAAACGCCGGGAGCAGGCAUUUGAAGUAUUAAAACAGAGAAUGUAGAGGGAUUUUUUGUACUGGUAUUUAUUUUAAAAUACCGUCAUAUAAAACUGAAACGUUCAGAAAUGAUUUACCUUGCCCUCAGGUGACUUUUGGACAUAAUCUUCCGUACAAGAUUUACAUGUAAAGGCCAUUGUUGACUUGACAGUGUUUAUUGUUAUACUUCGAUAAAUAUGCAAUUUCUCCACUUGAAAACAACCCGACACUUAUUAUGGUAAAUUGAUCGAUUAACUUCGUCACAUUAUUGUAAUUAGAUACAAGAUUGAUGGAUAUGAUUCGUCAUCCAUCAUUUUCCGUCGUAAUGGACAGUUUUCCUUUAAAUGACCCAAACAAUACCAUAUUCUAUUCCCUGUAAUUGUCUUAACAAUGUUUUGAUUACACAUUUCCUGUUCGAAGAAUACUCUCUUAAUCAUCAACCACUCUCACAAACAAAUGCUUAUUUUCAUGGACGUUAUACUGUAAAGUAAUACCAAAAACUCUUAAAACUGUAUGAGGGCUUCAAGUGUACGUGAAAUAAGAUGCAUUGGUAUGUUUACUCCUGAAUUAAGUACAUGACGCAUGAUACAUGUAAACAUGUUUGCAUUUACAAAUGCAUGGUGUAUCUGUUUCAUUACUACAAUCUUAUAAUAACAGCUGAAUAUAAACAAAAAUUAAAAAAAGUACUUAUCUCUAGGGAUGGAAACCGGAUACGAAAUCGGUAUCCGGAUAUUCGUAUCAAGUAUUCGAAUACUAUCCGGAUACUCGUAUCAAAUUGUUUUCAUAAUAAGUAAAUUUCCUAUCAUAUGUCACCCACCUUCUGUUAUUUGACAUUAUUGUCCACUUAAUUUAUAAUUCGUCAUAUGGCAAUUUCACUUUUUGAUUCAUUCUUUCUCAGUCUUAAUAAUUUAUAAUGUUAUAAUCAAAGCUCAACAACUCAUUUUACGUCAUAAAACUCAUGAUGAAUACCACAUAAACACCUCGCGAAUUUGAUAGUCACUUCGGCCGAGGUGGUUGCUUGGUUACUGCCACUUGCUUUCGAGUUUGUUAUUUAUCAGCAGGUUUCAUGUUAAAUGACGCUUUGAUUAUUUGAUAGUCGAUUGUAAUUUUAUUUCAUAACAUUGUUUGAUUUAAUGCAAUACCUACAAUUUCUGCGGUGUUUUGUAAUGAAGGAUAUAAUUGCGGAAAAGAUAAGAAGACAAAAAGACGACAACACUUUUACCAUCCUCGGAUUUUGUGAAAUACUUCCAAACACUCGAAGUCAAUGUUGGAGGCAUAUAUUUCCGUAGUCGUGAUACAGGAAUAACGAUUAAUUAUUCAAAACACAUUUACAAGAUGCGAAAGGAUGGACAUUUGAUUGAAAAUUCGUCAGUCAUCCAAGGAAGCUCUGUAAAACGCACUCUCACUCUUGCAUGAAAUUAAGGUAUAUCACAUUUAUCCUGACCAUUGGGCAGUGUGGACGAAAGUAUUAAUCUUCCAAAACCAUAACCAACAAUGGCUGAUGAUGAUACUGCGGCUUUGGUAGUGGGCAAUGUUUCCGGAUUGUGCAAGGCGGGCUUCGCCGGCGACGACGCGCCCAGGACCGUCUUCCCCUCCAUUACCGGAAGACCCGGGCAUAAGGGUGUCUUGGGAGAGAAAGACAGCUAUGUUGGCGACGAGGCCCAGAGCAGGGGAGGUUUCCCCACUCUCAAGUAUCCCAUCGAACUCGGCAUUGUCACCAACUGGGACGACAUGGAGAAGAUCUGGCAUCACACUUCCUACAACGAGCUUCGUGUGGUCGCGGAACACCCCGUCCUGCUCACAGAGGCCCCUCUCAACCCCAAGGCAAACAGGGAACAGAUGACCAAGAUCAUGUUUGAGACCUUCAACACACCCGCCAUGUAUGUGGUCAUCCAGGCGGUACCCUCCAUGUACGCUUCCGGGCAUAUUGUGAUGGACUCUGCUGUGUCCAAUACUGUGCCUAUUUAUGAAGGCCGUACACCAUAAUCAGAUGAGAUCUGACAGGAAGAUAUCUUACUGACUACUUACAUGUAAAUAAUACGACGAGUCUGGCCUCUACAUCGUCUACAGGAAGUGUUUCUUACAUGUCAAAUUAGAACACAAGUUAUUAUAAGUGUAGUUUUUCUUUGUGAAUAAAAA